AUCAUGCUUGCCUAAUCAGUCACUGAAGAGUUAAUUUGGAACAACCUGUUUCGGUUUAAAUGACUAGAUAUAGUUGUAAAAUAAUUAAUUAAUAAGCUAAACAAUCUUCCGAAAUAGUUAAUCCAGAAUAAUGUGAGAUUUAAUUGAUUUUAAAAUUGAACAAUGUUUAAGUAACCCUUUUAUAAAGACGCAAGUGUAAUGUGCCUAGAAAAGUCCAUGAUAUAUUCUGGACAUGUAGAAGACAUGUAUUCGUUGUAACUGAGUCACGCUACAUAUUGUUUGUGUGGUGUACCUAGUCAUCAAGCAUGAAGGAUGCUGCAGUGAGGGAUGUGUGCCUACUGCUUCUCCUGGUCCUCCAUCAAGUAAAUGGGGAUGAGUACCGACCUCCCCGCAUCUCUGAACACCCCGUGGACACCAGCGUGCCGCGCCACGACCCUGCGACCCUCAACUGCAAGGCCGACGGCUACCCGAGCCCCACCAUAGAGUGGUACAAGGAUGGCGAGCCAGUGAGGCCGUCGGCCAACAGGGUGUUCCUGCCAGCGGGGUCGCUGUUCUUCCUGAGGGUGAUCAACGGUCGCAAGGAGAGCGACGCGGGAGUCUACUGGUGCUUGGCCAAGAACUCGGCGGGAGUGGCCAGAAGUAGGAACGCGAUGCUGCAAAUAGCAGUGCUGAGGGAGGAGUUCCGUGUGGAGCCGACCAGCCUGAGGGUAGCUCAAGGAGAGACGGCGCUGUUGGAGUGUGGUCCUCCGAGGGGUCAACCCGAGCCAACGGUCUUCUGGAAGAAGAACGGACAAGUUCUGGAAAUAGACAACCCUAAAAGGAUACAGGUGGUGGAUGGUGGUAACCUAGCUAUCCAGGAUGUCAGAGAGGAGGACGAAGGACAGUACCAGUGUGUGGCCAAGAACACAGUAGGUCUCAGAGAGUCCACUGUAGCCAACCUCAAGGUUGAUGUGCGUCCGUUCCUGAUCCAAGGCCCCCAGGACGUGACAGUCCAAGUGGGUGGCACAGUGACGUUCACCUGUGUGGUGGGCGGCGACCCUCUGCCUGACGUGAUGUGGCGCCGAGGAGGCGGCAACAUGCCUCUGGGACGUGUCACUGUACUACAGGACCGCAGCCUCAAGAUACAGUCUGUCACGGUAGAGGACCAGGGCGAGUAUGUGUGUGACGUAGACAACGCAGUAGGGAGUCUUGUGGCCAGCGCUGUGCUCACUGUACACUCUCCGCCUGUGAUCCUGAUCCAGCCAGCUGACCAGGAGGUAGAGGAGGGGAGGGAGGCCAUGUUUGUUUGUGGAGUGGAAGGCAAGCCAGAGCCUGUGUUGUUCUGGAGCCUGGAGGGUAACCACAGUCUGGUGUUCCCAGGGGAGACUCAGGGUAGACUUAGAGCUGCCUUGAACUCUGCCGGACACACUGUCCUCAUCAUUCAGGAUGUACAAAGAAACGACAGUGGACUCACAGUGAUGUGUGCUGCAGUCAAUUCAGCAGGUUCAGAUGUUCUGCGAGCACGCCUGACAGUGACAUCUCCUGAGCACCUACCUCCGCCUGUCAUAGAGCUCGGCCCCGCCAACCAGACUCUGCCACUACGAACCUUGGCAGUGCUGCGAUGUCUGGCCUCUGGCAGCCCCCCACCUAUCAUCACCUGGUACAAGGGUGGAGUCCCCGUCACCAAGGGCCAUGACAGGAUCAACAUCACGGAGACUGGCACUCUGGUGAUCAAUGACACUGUUGCGAGUGACGAAGGUGUGUACACUUGUGUUGCAUCGUCGCGAAGUGGUAAAGCAACAUGGAGUGCUAUCUUGAAGCUGGAGUCACGCACAAACCCAAAUGCUCACUUCUUCCGAAGCCCAGAACUGACAACAUUACCAGGACCUCCCAGUAGACCAGUCAUAGUCAACACAACCCACAACAGUAUCACGGUGUCCUGGAUAAGGAACAACAAAAUCGGAUCUUCCUCUCUACUGGGAUAUCAGGUGGAACUGUUCAGUAGAGACCCGAAUGCGUCAGGUCGCAGUGGAGGAGGUAGUGGCUGGGUGGUGGUGGCUAGAAGAGUCCCAGGACCUACAUAUACCCAGACACACCUGGGACCUGGGUUGCUGUAUACCUUCCUGGUAAGGGCGGAGAACUCUCAUGGCCUCUCUCCCCCCAGCCCCCCGUCCACCCCCACUGUGCUGUCACUGGGGGUGAGAGGUGUGGAGGGAGGUGACCAUCAGUUGAAGGAGGCGCAGGCUAGCCUGUCCGCUGGACAUGUGGUGGAGCUGACUGCCAUACAACCCACUAGCGCUACAUCCAUCAAACUGGCCUGGGAGAUUGUCAAUGCGGACUUUGUGGAGGGUUUCUACAUUUACUCUCGCUCACUUGACUCACAUCUCAAGUCCACAAACAUGCUAACCGUGCUGCAUGCCGGCGAGGCCUCAGGUUUCCUUGUCACUGGCCUUAGGCCAUUCACGAGAUACCUCUUCUUCCUGAUCCCCUUCUACAAGAACGUCGAUGGGAGGCCAUCAAAUUCCAGAAGUGCUAGAACAAUGGAGGACGUGCCCACGGAGGCUCCUCGAGACAUGGAGGCGGUGCUUCUUAACUCCACGGCUGUUUUCCUCAAGUGGAAGCCUCCUCCACCUCACUCCUGCAAUGGUGUAUUGCGCUCAUAUCAGGUGGUGGUGAGAGCAGGUCAUCUGGUACUCAGCAACAUCAGUGUGCCUGCUGAUACUCCCUCUCUGCUGCUGACCAACCUCACAGCAGGGGUGGUGUAUGUGGUGGAGGCAGCGGGGGCCACUAGGGUAGGGGCAGGGCCUUACACUGCCCCCGCCACACUCAGACUAGACCCAUCUAUGCCUUACAACAGAAGGCCAGUAGGAUUGGAGAGUCCUGUUGCGUCCAGUUCAGAGUUUGUGACAGAGACUUGGUUUGUAGCCUUGCUUGGCUCACUGCUCACUGUCAUGUUGCUCAUGUUCGCUGCCAUGCUCAUUGUCAGGAGGCGGCAACUUCUCGCCAAAAAAACAAAUUUGCCAGACUGCCACAGCAGCGGUGGAGUGCUAGCAACCCCUGUCAAUCUGAAGAGUGGGACGCAGACUGAGGCUUCCCUCUGGAUAGAACCCAAGACCCUCGGCCAGUCCCGCACUACACCAGACUAUGCGGAGGUCCAACAUCGGACAGUCACCACGUUCCAGUCUGUAGACGAUGGGUCAGGAGCUGCUUACGCUACUACUACACUCGUCCCUCCUCCUACCUCCCACAGCUCCAGGGACAGAGGGUUUUGCUUGGAAUCAAGUCGGGAGCCUCUAUACUCCCCACCUAGCUACCACAGUAGACUCUAUUCUGACACCUACUGCCUUCACCACAAUUUAGGAAACAAAAGUAAUGGAGACAUAGAUUCUUCAUCUCUACGUAGACCCACACACCACAGCCCAAGUUCAUUGAGAGCUCAGGUUCCAGUUCCCAGUGAACCUUGCUCUGAACCAACACUGCCACCCAGCUUGAACCAUCGGCCGCUGCAGUGGCGCCUCCACAGCCCUGGUGGCAACUAUACCAACUACACACUCUCCAGCUUUGCACACAAUCAACAACACAUUUACCAGCACAACAGCUGCCGCAGUGAACCUAGAGGAAGUGCGGCUCGCUUGUAAGAAUAGUAACUGAGGAUCUAGGAUUGGAGUGGCUAAACCGUUAUGUUUAUUGCUAACAGGAGAUUCAGUCCAUGAGUUUAUGUCUUCAUUGAUACCAUCCACAAUGUGAUCCUUUUCAAAAGUAGCCAAUACUGUUUGUAUAUGUUUAAAAAAGUAGGAAAACCUGUUUGUCAUUGUAGUUUAUUAGCCAUACAUAUUGCAGUUCAAACCAACCUGACCACUAAAAAUUGUUUCUAUUAAUUUCUGAUUUUUUAAAUAUCUCUAAAGAUUUGGAGGUGCUGGGAAAAUGCAGGAUUCCUGUUUACAUAUCUGUCUUUUAAAUCAAAUUAAUCAAUUAAAUUAAUAUUAUGCAUGUUUUUAAAUGUGAUAAUGUAGUAGGCC